AAAAUCGAAGGAGAGCUUAUCAUAUCAAACCCCCUCAAAUUCAUCUUCACUGACUCUUCCCACAGACAAACAGAGAGAAAUGGAUUGGAAGAAGAAGAAGAAUGUUGAAGCAAACCCAGUUGAAGUAGAAGAAGAAGAAGAUAACCCAAUCGCCAUUACUAUCCCUUCUUCUCUACCAAUCGCGUCUCUUUCUCUAGUCACCUUCUUCCCCACAUCAACUCAGUUCCUCAGAUUGUUUUCUCAUCAUCCAAACAAGGUUAAGAUCCCUACUCAGGCCUCUUCCCUCACCCAUCUCUCUCUUUCUUCUUCUUCUGUCUCUCCUCUUCCCACAAGAUUCUCUUUCAAAUCCACCAUCUCCGCUAACCCUCUCCACUCCCCUCUCUCAAUCACCCCUCGUCGUCCCGUCGAUCCUUCCUCCGCCGCCGCUCUCCGUCGUUCUUCUCUCGUCUGGUUCCGCAACGACCUCCGCGUCCACGACAACGAAGCUCUCAACUCCGCUAAUGACGAGUGCGUCUCCGUUUUGCCAGUCUACUGCUUCGACCCUAGAGACUACGGGAAGUCAUCUUCUGGAUUCGACAAGACGGGGCCUUUCCGAGCUCAGUUUCUGAUUGAGUCUGUCUCAGAGCUCCGUAAGAGUCUCCAAGCGAGAGGCUCCAAUCUCCUUGUCCGCGUCGGGAAGCCUGAAUCUGUUUUGGUCGAAUUGGCCAAGGAGAUUGGAGCUGAUGCGGUUUAUGCUCACAGGGAAGUCUCUCACGACGAGGUUAAAGCGGAAGGCAAGAUUGAGACGGCCAUGAAGGAGGAAGGCGUUGAAGUUAAAUACUUCUGGGGAAGCACUCUCUAUCAUUUGGAUGAUUUGCCUUUCAAAAUUGAAGAUUUGCCAUCUAAUUACGGAGCUUUCAAGGAUAAAGUCCAGAAAUUGGAGAUUAGGAAGACUAUUGCUGCUCUUGAUCAAUUCAAAAGCUUGCCUUCUCGAGGAGACGUUGAGCUUGGUGACAUUCCUUCUCUUUUGGAUCUUGGCAUUAGCCCCACAGCUCGAACGAGCCAGGAAGGGAAGCCAACAAUGGUUGGAGGAGAGACAGAGGCGUUGACUAGGCUAAAGAGCUUUGCAGCAGAGUGUCAGGCUCGGUUGAGCAAGGGAAACCAGAAAGGAGGUAACAACAGUGUCUUUGGUGCAAACUUCUCUUGCAAGAUUUCACCUUGGUUAGCCAUGGGAAGCAUCUCUCCUCGUUCCAUGUUCGAUGAGCUUAAGAAAACAAUCUCUGCAUCCACCACAACUCCAAGGAACGGAUCGGGAGAUACAGGACUCAACUGGUUAAUGUAUGAGUUGUUAUGGAGGGAUUUCUUUAGGUUUAUAACCAAGAAAUACAGCUCAUUGAAGACGCAGGUCGAGGCUGGUCCGGCUACAGCCUGUACCGGCGCCUUUGCUUAAACCUACUUCUCAGGUGAUUGGAAAAGUAGAUCCCAUCUGGUUUUUGCCCUACUCUUUGUAUCCGUGUAUUUACAUGCUAUCUGGGACAGGACUUAACUGCUCUCUUUUGAGACUGAGUAUGGAGAAUGAAUUAGCAACCCCUUUUUUUUAUUAUUUUUUUGGUUCAAUCAAGUUGUUGUUUCCUUUGUUCUAAACAUUUCAUAUACUCAUUCCAUAAAAAGUCUCUAUGAUUUGUGAUA